UGCAAUAACGGUACAUUAGCGCGAACGUAAAAUCUUGAAUCUCCUGUUUUUUUUAUUUGCUUUUCAUCCCAACUGUUGCAUUUCAUUCAUAAAAAGUGCAUUGUGAUUUUCUUCUUUAGUUUCUUAUUUUUUUAUUAAUAUUCAAUUAUAUUUUUAUUCAUCUCUAUUCGAAUAGUAUAAAAUUUGAGGAUAAGGAAUCAUUUCUAAGAUGGCUGACGUAAACAUUGAUCUCGACACCAAAGACAGCAAGCAACUUUUUAAUCAAGGGGUAAAAGCCUACGUUCUUAAGGACUACAAAAAUGCAGUUGAUGCUUUAGGCAAGGCAACAGAAAUCAUGGUGGCUGAACUUGGGGACGACUUGCACGAUUCUCUUGGCGAAACCUACCUGUACUAUGGAAAGGCCUUAUUGGAAGUAUACAGACAGGAAUCUGAUCCUAUUGGGAAUUUACCUAAAACGAUUGAUACCUCCACCACCGAAGAACAAGAACCAGAAGAAGAUGAAGAAGCAGAGAAUCAGGAAAACGAGGAAAUGGACGAAUCUAAAGAUAAUGAUGGUGAGGAAGCAGCAAACGGAGACGAUACCAAAGAAAAUGCCGACGGCGAGGAAGAGAUGGAGGAAGAGGAGGAAGAUUGCCUGAAAGUUGAUGAAGCCAAUAAAAGUGGUGCUGGCGCUGCAAAUGAAAGUUUUUUGGAAUUAGACCCUAAGGAACCAGAGGAAGAUGAAGAACCAUCAGAUUUACAAGUAGCCUGGGAAGUUCUGGAACUUGCGAAGAAAAUUUUCACCAAGAGAACAGGCGAUGAAGCCAAAAAAUCUUUGGCUGAUACCUUAUCAGCAUUGGGAGAGAUUUCUUUAGAAAGUGAAAAUUUCCUAGCAGCCAUAAAUGAUUUCAAAACUGCCGUGGAAAUACAAGUACUAAUUUAUCCAAAAGGUUCUAGAAAAUUAGCAGAAACCUAUUACAAUUUGGCAAUGUCUUAUUCGAGUCAUAGUGUGUACCGAGAAGCCAUCACUAACUUCAAGAAAUCUAUUGAACAUUUGGAGAAACGCAUAUGGUACCUAGAGGAUAAAAACAUAGAACGUGAGGAAAUUCAAGAAAUACAGAAAUUAAUUCCUGAAAUAUAUGAAAAAAUAAGGGACUUACAAGCAUUCACUGAUGAGACAUUAAAGAAAUUGGAAGAAUUAACAAAGCAACCAGAAUUGGCUAGUAAAAUCUUAGACAGUGCCAGUAGUAGUAGUAGUACUUCACAAAAAGCUACUGACAUCACUCACUUGGUGAAACGAAAGAGAAAACCUGAAGAGAACGACGAAGAAUCUAAUCCAUCUAAGAAAUGUCCCCAGUAAUACACGCUCUGAUUUUAUUUAUUCUAAUUUUGUUUUAUUGUUUUUUUCUUAAUUUCGAUAUAAAUAGAUAUUUUUACUGA